CGCGCUUUUCAUGUUGUCACUUGUUUAGACUUGUAAAUUGUGCACCCAACAUCUCCCAAAGUUAAUCAGAAAAUCACGAAUAAAAUGCAAUCUUUCGAACGCCGAGCAAUUGUAAAUGCUGCUCUUCUCAAAAGAAAUGUAGGCCAACCAGUAAGCAUUCAUGUUAAAGUAGACCGUGCUGAAAGUGGCUGUAAAUCGUUCAGUGGCAAAUCGACGGACGGAGUUAAUGUACAAGUGAUGCUGUCGGAACCGUUGAAUGGCACCGUCAAAGGUUGGGUAGAAAUAAUUGGCGUCGCCGCUCCCAAUGAUACUGUGCGUGCCAAACAGAUCGUAACUUACUUCGAAACUGGCCAGACACUGGAAGAUUUUGACGUCGAUGGGCAUAAUAUGCUGUGCACAUUCUUAUCCGUCUGCAAGGAACCCUUUUACACUGGCCCACCCAUGUAAAACGAAUAAAGUACUCUAAUUUGAUAAGUAAAAACAACAUUAUUUU